GCUUGGGCUGCUCGACCGCCAAACCGCCGUCUUUGUGCUUCCGGGUGCCGAAGAAGGUGACCUGCUGAGCAGCCAAUGGGAGAAGAGGUGGGGCGACCCUGGCUUAGACCACAAGUUCCCCGAGGACUGGCUCAAGGUCGGGGCCGGAUCAGGUGGACUGCCGUGGUUGCUGAAUGAGUACAAGGAGCACCUCCAGGCUUCUCCCUCGAGCAUUCGCUUGCCCUUCACCUUGCAGUACGAACCUGCUGCUGACAUGGCAUCGGAGGAAUUGAGCUUGGAGUGCCCGCGUCAACUCUUCUCCCUGGAGUUGACGUUCUCCUCCAGCGAGCAUUUCGUCCCAAUCGAGCCAAUUCGUAUUCCGUUUAUUGCUGCUGACGGUGGUCUGGUGGUGGAUGGCGACGACGGAGAUGGUUUUCCAUGCUUGAAUAAGCUGCUCCUGCAGCUUCGGCCCCUCAGCCCAGUACCAACGUCCUUUGGGGUGAACAUCGCCUUCAACGACAGCUUAAGCCAGAUGUACUUAGGACAGCUCGAAGCCUUCGAGGUUGCCUUCCAGGCAUUGUUCGGGGGCUGCACGGCUCCGCACGGCAAUGUACAACGUGAGCUCAAACAGGGAAGCAAGAAGGAGACCCGUCAACCCGUCAACCAGUCGCAGCCGUCAUUAGUCGAAGGCAUGGCGCAAGCCGACAGCGGGCCGCUGACCAUGGCGGGAAGGGAGCUGAUGCGGAAUCGCAUCAUCGCCCAGAGCGAGGCCACCGACUUGGCGGUGGGAAAGCCUGGGGAAGAUCCCCCGGUCUGGCUGGAGAGCAGCGACUGGCGCUUGAAGCUGGGCGCUGCGUCGGCUCUGAGCCAGAAGGGUGCGCCCCAGUUGGCCGGCGCGCCGGAGAUCCGAGCUGCGCUGGAGUCCUCCGAGGAGGCUCGGCAGCUCAUCCGAAGGACGCUUUCCGCCGCCUCCGAAGAGACCGGGCCCAGAGCUGUACAGUUGCUGCAAAGCGAGGACUCGAGACUUCGGAGGGGGGCCCUUGAAGCGCUGCGGUUACAGGACGCGCCUGCUUCAGAACUGACGCCACGCAUCGCGGAGCUCUGCGUCUGCGAUUGUUGUGCUGAAGUGAGAGAUGUGGCAGCCAGUGCUCUGAGACGGCAAGCUACGGAAGACGUGGUUGAAGCACUGGCUGCCUCACUGAAUGCCACAGGAAACGAAUCUUCGGCUUCUCGAGUUGCUGAAGACCUUCUGGUUGAGCUCCUGGGAAGUGCACAGGACUCCCUCUCAAAGGUUCCAGGCUCCGCCUACUUUGCCGAGCUUGCGCGAAAGGACCAGGAGCAAGCGAAAGCAGCGGCUGCAGAGCAGCAGGAGCAGGAGGAGAAGUUGCGAGAGCUUCAGGAUCAGCAGAAUGAGCUUCAGAAGCUUCAGCUGCAAUGGCUGGAUUUGCUCCCAGCCAAGCAAGUCACGGAGAUCGAGCAGUCUCGAGAGGUCUUCACGGAGUCCAAGGCCCCGAGGCUCCAGGAGGCCCAGGCCCGGAAAAGGCGGGCUCGGCGUGGAAUGCGGGACUCGGCUGCACAGGGCUCUGAGAUGCGAACUUCAGAGGCCAGAGAGCGGUCCAAGGAAGACUUCUGGGUGGAGCAAUCUGCAGGCCUCUUGAGGGAGGCCGAGGAAUUCCGGUCCCUUGCACCAGAGGAGCUUCUGGAAGGGUCUCCGAAGCUCUUGGAGUGGAUGGCAGCGAGAAGCACGGAUGGAGUCUCCUCGCACUUGCGCCGAGUGGCCACCGAGCUCUUGGGGAACCUAGGCUCCCUGGCAGGGCCAGAGCAUCACGACGCAUUACGUCAGCUCAUGACCUCGGAGGAUGCGCAGCUCCGAAGACUGGCUGUCCAGGCUCUUGGAAAGCUGCGAUCUUCCGACUCUGCGGCUGAGGUGGCGAAGCUGCUUGCGGAUUCGGACUCCAAUGUGCGGCGGGCAGCAGGUGUUGCACUUGCACAGAUGGGGGCUCCAGCUGCCGCAUACAUUGCAAAGCAGCUUCUGAGCUCGGAUGCAGAAGCCCGGAAAGGCGCAGAGCGCAGCCUUUUGGCUCUUAAGGUCAGCGAGGGGCAGAGGUACCAAGAGGGCGUGCUGCGACUUCAUGCUUUGCUCCCACACCUAGAGCCGCUUCUGGACUCCGAGCUGUCGGAAACCCGAUUUGCUGCAGCUUCCGUGAUUCACCGCCUCAGAAAGCACGCGGAGCCGGUUCAGACACAGAGCCCGGCGUCUGCUCCAGAAGCCGUCCUUGCCUUGCUCAGCGUGUUGGAGGAUCCUUCCGAGGAAACUCGCGUCGCAGCGAUGCGACAACUGAGAGAUGCGUCGCCGCUUGAGCUUUUGCCCCACUCUGCCACACUGCUGGCUCGAUCCUUGGCAGACUCUUCCGAGAUGGUGAGGAAACUGGCAGUGGAGGUCGUGGGUGCCUUGCGUGGGCCGUCUGCUGCGGCUGCCAGUGACAUCAUCAUGGGUCUCUUGAAGCACAAGCUCCAGACCGUGCGUCGUGCGGCAGUGGCUUCCAUGGAGCGCCUGGGGAUGGAGCCACCUGCGCGACACCUGGCACUGCUUGCAGACGAGGACCCCACCCUGCGCUGCAACGCAUCCGAGGCGCUGUCAAAGCCCGAGGUGUUGUCUUCACUGGAUGACAGAGACUUGGCAUCUUUGAUGUCCCUGAGCAUUGAUCCGCACUGGGCGGUUCGGCUGGCGGUCGCCAAGUGCUUAUGUGCCUUGAGCCCGGAGUCCCUGCGGAAGCAUUACAAUCAUGCUGUGAUCCUCGCUUCAGGUGAAAGCGCUCUAAGGGCGCCGUUCACUCGUUUGGCCGGCAUGCCUAAUCUGUCUCAAAAUCGGGACGGGUCUAGGAUCUCUUUCUUCCAGUCCGCCUUCCUCUCGUGUUUUGGCCGGGUCCUCGGGUUUGCAAGGGGCAAGACUCGAGAGGACCGGCGCUAUGGCCUCUUGGCAGGGCCCGUCGGCGAUGCAUUGAUUCAUGCCAGCCCGUCAUGGCAAGCUGAGGUCCUGGACUUGGAAAGGGGCACCGUGAAGGAGCUGAUCCAGACACAGCUUGGACCCUUCGUCGUCCCGGCAGAGGUUCAUGUUGAAGAUGAAGAUUUCGAUUUCGAACAAGAGGAGUACUUCGACAGAUGGAACAGCUUGCCCGAAGGUGAAAUGGAUCUGCCAGAGCAGGAGCAAGAUGUGACCGUCAAUGUGGACACUACCUUUGCUAUCCUGUUUGUCCCUCCAUGCUAUCAUUUGCUGAUGAGGUUUGCAAUAUCGUCGAACUCAACAAUUGUGCGAAUAUUGACAGAUCGCUUCCAGCUGCUCUCCUACAUGGACGCCUUCUUCUUGUCUUGGAGUCGAGAUGCUGCAAUGCUCGCCGACCUAAGCCAAGAUGUUGACGUGCGGCCAAAAGAUGUAACGCGCGUCGGCUGUUCACCCUGCGGAACAGUUUGA